AUGAAGUGCAUCCCGCUCGUCCUGGGCCUGGCCCUCGUGUGUGGCAUCCAGGCCGCCACCGUCCCCCUGACCAUGGACGGCCUAGACCUGCAGAAGGUGGCUGGGACGUGGCACUCCGUGGCCAUGGCGGCCAGCGACAUCUCCCUCCUGGACUCGGAGACGGCCCCUCUGAGAGUGUACGUCCAGGAGCUGAGACCCACGCCCGGGGACAACCUGGAGAUCAUUCUGCGCAAAUGGGAGCACGGCAGGUGUGUGCAGAAGAAGGUCUGGGCAGAAAAAACCGAGCUCCCUGCUGAGUUCAAGAUCAGCUAUCUGGAUGAGAACGAGCUCAUCGUGCUGGACACCGACUACGAGAACUACCUGUUCCUCUGCCUGGAGAACACCGACGCCCCCGGGCAGAACCUCGUGUGCCAGUGCCUGACCAGGACCCUGAAGGCCGACGACGAGGUCAUGGAGAAGUUCGGCAGAGCCCUCCAGACUCUGCCCGUGCACGUCCGCCUCUUCUUUGACCCGACCCGGGUGGCAGAGCAGUGCCGCGUCUAG